AUGGGCAAAACAUACGGUCCUGUCAUGACUGCUUGGAUGGGUCCAUCGCCACUUAUAGUCCUCACUGGCCAAGCUUCAAUCUGGGAAGCCCUGGUUAACCAGGCCGCCAAUUUUUCUGGUCGCCCUCUAGUCUACUCUAGGAAAUUUACUAGUGCCUCUUUCAGGACUAUGAUUAGUUCUCCCUACAAUGAGCACUGGACUAAGCUCAGAAAGGUUCUACGCAACAAUGUUCUCAACCCCGCCCAUGUUGCACUUCAGAGCUCUUUUCACCAGGCCACUGUGAAGAAACUCAUCAACAAAUUAGAAAAAGAGAUGAAAGAGAAGAAUGGCGUGAGGAAGAAUUCAUUUUCUCUUGCUCGUUUCUUUGUUCCUUCAUCAAUUAGAACAGAGAGGAAAUUGAAGUCUCUGCGAGAUGAUAUUCUGCAUCUCCUGUUGCCUUGCAUCCGAUAUGCUCGUAGUUAUAAAGAAUACUUCAAGCGAAGUGCUCCCAGUAGUUUCUUGUAUUGUUUACUGUCCAUCGCCGAAGGGGAGGAAGGCGAAGAUAAGUCAAAGUUAUCCGAUGAAGAAAUAGCUUUCUGUAUAUAUGAGCUAUUCGUUCUAGCAGUGGACAGCACAUCUACGGACAUAGAAUGGGCUCUGGCUUACCUGAUAUCCAACCCACACGUCCAAGAGAGAGCAAAUCAAGAAAUAAGCCAAGCGGUGGGGAAAGGAAAAGGUGGGUUGUUCAGUUUAGAGGAUUUGAGGAAGCUACCAUACUGGCAAAGUGUGGUGAAGAAGAUACUGCGAAAAGAAUCGAUCGCCCCACUUGGGAUUGUUCACCAGACGGAAAACGAGUGUAAGCUGAUGGACGUCACCAUACCUGCAAAGUCAGCAGUCGUUGAUCCUGACGAUUUCAGGCCUGAAAGAUUUUUGGACAAGAAUGAGUCAGAAAAGGUGAGAAUCGCAUAUCUUCCGUUUGGAGCAGGAAGGCGAGUGUGCGCAGGAAUGGACGUGACCAGCGUAUAUGUUCCCAUAACUCUUGCCAAUUUGCUUAAAUCAUUCGACUGGGGAUUUGUGAAGGAAGGCAGUCUUCCUGAUCUUAGUCGGGAUGUUUCAAGUCUGCUCAUGUUCAUGAAGUAUCCAUUGGAAGCUCGAAUUACACCUCGCCCAUCAUAA